AUGGAUUUAUUGCAUGCAGCCGAUUCGGGUCGUUUAUCAAUAGUUAAAGAAUUAGUAUCCAAAGAUAGUUCUUUAAUUCGUAAUUGUCGACAUGUAGAUGCUAAAAAUCGAGCUUUUAAUGUCGAUGGUACAGCUAUUCAUUAUGCUUGUCGAUCUGGUCAUUCAAAUGUUGUUAAAUAUCUCAUAAAACAAGAUCCAUCAAUUAUUAAUGAUCUUGAUUGUGAAGCUUGGACACCAUUACAUUAUGCUUGUUAUAAUGGACACUUAGAUAUAGUAAAAUUCUUAUUAGAAUCCAAAGCUGACGUUACUUUACGAGAUAGUUAUCUAUUUCAAACUCCCAUACAAUUUGCUAUGUAUAGGCUAUUCGAAGAUAUUGUCUAUUUAUUAGAUCCCAAUGCAGAAUGGACACGUCGAAACGCGGAUGAAAUAUCAACGAAAGGAAAAGCAUCAGUAUUUCGUAAAAAUUCAAAUUUGUUUCUAGGAAGAUACAGUUUAAAUGAAGACCAUAUCAAACAAAUUCAAUUAUUUCGUAACGAUCCACAAUACAAUGAUAUUGAAUUAAGAAAAAUUCAAGACAAUGAAUUAUCUAAGCUCAAUGUUCGACUCGUAUUGACACACGAUUUUAAGAAACAUAUUAGUCAAACAGUAAGUUUAUCAUCAGAUGCCGACGAUGAUUCAUUUUUAAGAUCGUCAUCAACAUCAACCAACGAGCACAUCAUGGUUUUUAAAGAUGAAUAA